AUGGUUUCCAGUUACCAGACACCCCAAGACCCUGGACCUGUCACUAUCCCAUACCUGUCCGCUAACUCCAGCCUACAAAACACUUUCUCUUCUUUGAUCACCGAGACAGACCAUGUUAUGAUCUCGCCCGCAUCACUUGAGCUUGACUCGGAUGCUGUUCUUGCAAUCGUUGUCACCGGUUAUCUCGUCUUUUUACCCCUCCAAUGCUGGUCCCGCAUCCUAACCCACGACCGAGCACGGAACCUUCUCUUUUAUAUCUGGCACGCGCUCAUGUUGGGUGGCUCUAUAUGUUCCCUCAUCUAUGCCGCGAAAGUACCCAAAAUAUCCCCACAGUACAUGUUCUGCUUUCCUGAUCUCGCGCCUUUCAAUGACACAUCGAAUGACGGAUGGCAAGCCUCAUGGAGAACAUCCACGUGGAACGACAGUGUGUGGGAUAUAUUUUCGAACCUCGCGCGAUGGAAUCAACUAGGAGAUAUUUGCUUCAACCCCUGUUUCAAUUCGACCCAAAUUUUACGAAAACCAGACUCAUUGCAUUCAGCCACGGCAGACGGAGACUUCAAAAUUGCUACCUCCCAUAGCUUCGUGAAGAAGGUUCUGUACUCGCAUCGCUACAUCUACAGUCUCAUCAUUAUUUGUCUGAUCCUGAACUGCCUCCUCUUGACUUAUCGAUUUCUACCUUAUCGAUCGCGGAUCCCAUCAGCGCAGAUCAUGGUAAUCUGGAAAGAACGGAAGACUAUCUGGAAAAGCUUCAAAGACGAAGUUUGCGGUGCGAUGGAUACACCAAGCAAUCUAGAUAAUAAUGGAGAAGACCCGGAACCCACAACCAAGAAGACCUCUGUCUGGCGCCGAAUGCGACACAUAUUCAGCCGUCAGUUCCUCAAAUCCUUUCUUCAUGUGCUUGUUGAUGCUGCAAUUCUUUUUGGCAUACUCUUCAGCAUGAUAGCCAGUCCGUUCACCGUCGUUGCCUUUGUCAUUUGGAUAGAGAUCCAAAUCUCCAAUGAUGGGCCGUCAGAGGAGACUCCGAGUCAGGUUGGUCAGUGGGCGUACCCCGUGUCUCUAGCACUGCUUGUAAUCUCAGCUGCGAUUCUGAAGCUCAAAUACCGACUAGCUUCGUCGGUUGAGCUUGAACGUGAGAUUUCUGCAUUGAAAGAGCACCUGGGAGCCUUGGAGAAAAUGAAGGAGGCACGAUCGGGGCCUGAGUCGACUGCGCUCACAGCUAUGACUCGUCCGGCCAAGGAAAACUAG